AUGCCGUCGUCUCUUAAAGUGGGCGCGGAGGUGCAAAUCCAGCACCUGAACCAGGCUAAAGCCUCGUCGGGCUCAGGGUCGGCUUUCGGUUCAAGUGAAGAUAGGGCUUAUACAGAAGGCGCGGGCGUGAAAAGGCUUGCUGUUGCGAAUCCUGAUCCCCCUUCGCCUUCGUCUUCUUCUUCUCUUUCUUCCUUUGGACGAGACAGGUUCCAAAUUUGUACUCGGGUCCAAAUUUGCCCUCUGGUGUUCGCUCUCAGUCUCAGAGUUCGACGAGCAGACUCGGAAUGCUCGGAGGCUCUAGCGAGGUCCAAACCGUUGUUCCACCCGCGAAACUCUCCUCAUCCUCAAGAGGGCGAUGUUAGUGACGACCUCUAUAGUUUGCGGAGCAUCCUCGAAGAUAAGCCAGCGCCAGCCUCAUCCGCAUCCUCACCUUCAGCCCGAAGCCCAAGCCCGAGCCCACAAGCCGCAUCCGGGCCGCAGCGCGAACACAAGCCCCAAGCUCAAGCCCCUUCAACUGCGUAUACUAGCAUGCCACUGCCGACAAAGGACACUGCUGGUAGAAAAAUCGUGAUCUACCUCUCAAACCAUGGGCCCGGUCCGAAAAUCAUCCCGCAAAAGGAUGGAGUCUUCAUUCGAACAAAGUACGCUGUAGAGAUCGCCAGCGUCCAGUUUGGUUCUGGCUCUUAUACUGACACUCGCCCCUGUUCUAACGCCCCGGCGUCGACGUUUGUGUCAAGCCUCAGGGCCGCUGCCGGUGCUACUAACAGUAGUAGUAGCUUUAGUGAGAUAUCAAGCAGUCGAAGCUCAACCUCCACCCUGAGUGCUAGUAUUGAAUCAGAUUGCACAGCUACCAACGAAAUCGCCGGCCUUGAUAUUUCAAAAGUGAAGCCGGCUUACUUUUAUGGGGUCCUGAGGGCUGGGACACAUGCAAUGCAGAGGUCGGCGUCGAGAGAGUCGGACUCGGCGCAAAGGAGAAGGAGGAGGAAGAGGAGAGUCAAAGCGACAGAGUCAGAUAGGAGUUGA